GAGAAAAAUCUGAAUAUGUGAAUGCAAAACUUUACCACAGUCUCCUUUUUAGAGAGAUUUGCGAGUCAGCUCUCAACGUUCAGCCAAAGAGCCGAUUCAAAGAGUCGACUCAUUCCCAAACAACACAUCACCUGUUGUGAUCAGACAAACACACGACUCCUCCUUCCUAAAGUGAAAGAGUUUUUCUCUCAGCCUCAACUACAUUUUGUGGAGCGAUUGGAAAAGUCAAGAAAAUAGGACAGAAACGGAGGUAUUAAUGUCACACAACAAGGACCGUUGACUAAAGGAGUGUGAUCCAUUCCAUCUGUGUGUUUGUGCAGAUUUUACUAAUUUUCAAUGAUGGAGCCUCUUGAUCUGGACACAGAUAAUGUUUCUACACCAUCAAACAUCUGUAAACUCAAGGGAAAGAGAUCAGAAUCACCAGCACCCAGCUGUAUCUCCAUGAAAAGUGAUCAGUCAAUGCUUGCGCUUAUGGAUUUUAAUGAUGGAGACGCCUCACUUCUACACAGUGUUCUACAGAAGACAGUAGACAGAACAGAAGCAAAAAUCACAGAUACAAGGCACGACACAGAAUCUGCUGCUGUAAAUGAAUUCCACAAAAAGUUCAAAUUAAAUCUGAUGAAUGAAGUGAUAAUAAACCUGGGACCCCGAACACUCCUGAAUGAGAUCUACACAGAGCUCUACAUCACAGAGGGAGACAGUGGAGAAGUCAAUAAUGAACAUGAGGUGAGACAGAUGGAGGCAGAGUCCUGGAGAAGAACAACAGGGGGAGCACCAAUCAAAUGCAAUGACAUCUUUAAGCCUUUAUCUGAACAAGACAAACCCAUCAGAACUGUGCUGACAAAGGGAGUCGCUGGCAUCGGAAAAACAGUCUUUGUGCGGAAGUUCAUUCUGGACUGGGCUGAAGGGAAAGCAAAUCAGAACAUCCAACUAAUAUUUCCACUUCCUUUCAGAGAGCUGAACUUGAAGGACCAGAAACUCUCAUUGAGUCUCAUUGAGCUCCUUCAUGACUUUUUUAAGGAAACAAAAGAAACAGAAAUGUUCAAUUUGGAAAAGGUUCUGUUCAUUUUUGACGGAUUGGACGAGUGUCGUUUUCCUCUAGAUUUCCAGAACACAGUGAGAGUGUGUGAUGUAACUGAAUCAGCAUCAGUGCCUGUGCUGCUGAUAAACCUGAUCAAAGGGAAUCUGCUUCCCUCUGCUCUCAUCUGGAUCACCUCCAGACCUGCAGCAGCUGAUCAAAUCCCCCCUGAGUGUGUGGAUCGAGUCAUAGUGGUACGAGGGUUCAAUGACCCGCAGAAGGAGGAGUACUUCAGGAAGAGGAUCAGUGAUCAGAGCCUGGCCAAUAACAUCAUCACACACCUGAAGUCAUUAAGAAGCCUCUACAUCAUGUGUCACAUCCCAGUCUUCUGCUGGAUUUCAGCCACUGUUCUAGAGAGAAUGUUUUGUGAAGCAGAGAGUGGAGACAUCCCCAAGACUCUGACUCAAAUGUACACACACUUCCUCAUCAUUCAGACAAACAUCAUAAGAGAAAAAUACUCAAAGAAGCAGGAGAGUGAUGAAAAAAUGAUUCUUAAACUGGGACAACUGGCUUUUCAGCAGCUGAAGAGAGGGAACCUGAUCUUCUAUGAUGAAGACCUGAGAGAGUGUGGUAUUGAUGUGAGAGAAGCAGCAGUGUACUCAGGUGUGUGUACUCAGAUCUUCAAACAGGAGUUUGGGCUUCACCAGAGAAAAGUGUACUGCUUUGUUCAUCUGAGCAUUCAGGAGCAUCUCGCAGCUCUGCAUGUGCACAUGACCUUCAUGAAGGAGAAGAGAAAUGUUCUUAAACCGAAUCAGUACUCUAACAGGUGGAUGAAAAAAAAUACAAUCUCAGAUGUACACAAGAUUGCUGUAGAUCAGGCUUUAGAAAGUCAGACUGGACAUCUGGAUCUUUUCCUUCGCUUUCUUGUAGGUCUUUCACUGGAAUGCAAUCAGAAACUCUUACAUGUUUUAGUAACACAGACAGGAAGUAGCUCACAGAGCAUAAAGGAAACAGUUCAGUACAUUAAGCGGAAGAUAAGUGAAGAUCUUCCUUCAGAGAAAUCCAUCAAUCUGUUCCACUGUCUGAAUGAACUGGGUGAUAAUUCUCUAGUGGAGGAAAUCCAACACUACCUGAAAUCUGGAAAACAAAGUGAACUUUCUUCUUCACAGCUGUCUGCACUGGUGUUUGUGUUACUGACAUCAGCACAGGAGCUGGAUGAGUUUGAUCUGAGUAAAUAUUUCAGUACAGAUAAGAUAACAGAAGAUGUUGUUCUGAAGAUGAUGCCUGUGAUUGCAGAAUCCAGUAAAGCAAUUAUCAGCUGUGAUUCACUUGGAGUAAAAAGUUGGUCAUCUCUGGUCUCAGCACUCAGAUCAGAAACCUCCAAACUGAGAGAACUUCAUCUGACUGUGAAAACACUGGAUCUGUCUGGGAAUAAACUAGGAGUCUCAGGAGAGAAGAGUCUCUCUGCUGGACUGAAGAAUCUUCACUGUAAAGUGGAGACACUGAGGUUGUGGGGUUGUGGUGUCUCAGAUGAAACCUGUGCUGCUCUGACUUCAGUUCUGAGAUCAAACCCCUCACACCUGAGACACCUGAAUCUGUCCUAUAAUAAACUAGGAGACUCAGGAGUGAAGAUUCUCUCUGAUGUACUGGAGAAUCCUCACUGUAAACUGGAGACACUGAGGUUGUGUAAGUGUGGUGUCUCAGAUGAAGACUGUGCUGCUCUGACUUCAGCUCUGAGAUCAAACCCCUCACACCUGAGAUACCUGGAUCUGUCCUAUAAUAAACUAGGUGGCUCAGGAGUGAAGAUUCUUUCUGCUGUACUGAAGAAUCCUCACUGUAAACUGGAGACACUGAGGUUGCGUAAGUGUGCUGUCUCAGAUGAAGGCUGUGCUGCUCUGACUUCAGCUCUGAGAUCAAACCCCUCACACCUGAGACACCUGGAUCUGUCUGAUAAUAAUCUAGGAGUCUCAGGAAAGAAGCUGCUGUCUGAUCUUAAGGAUGAUACACAUUACAAACUACAGACGCUGAGCUGAGUAAUGACCUUUUAAUAAAAGUUCAACCUCAUUAUCCUUAGUUUGAACAUUUUCUUUAUUUUUAAUAAAUAUCAGAUUACCAGAUUAGAAAAUGUCACUUUAUUCUUUUAAUGUGAAAUUUUCUUACAAUUCUCUUUAAUGCUGUUUUGUGUUCAGUAAAGUGUGUUGAUGUAAAAUUCAUGUGAAGGCAGAAAACAGGGAUUCAGACAGUCUACAAAAAGUCACAAAUGAGUUCAUGAGAGUGAUUGUUAAUGAACAUUGUGUCUUCUGUCAUUCCUGUAAAAUUCACCUGAGUUUGUUCUUAAAGUCUGCACUUAAAUAUAAAUGUAGAACAAGAUCUAAAUGACACAGUAGUGUUUGUUAUUUAAAAAAGCUUCCGUGAUUGGAUUAGAACAGUAAUGUGAUGGGUAAAGAUCUACUCAUUAUUUUGUUAGAACUCAUUUAGUUCUAACACUUUAAACAAACUGAGAUGUGAGAAGUAUGUGUACGUGCACAAUGAAUCGGACUAAACACAAUUCUACACUGAGUGUAUAAUGACCUCUGAUCCCUGGAUAAAUUCCCUGGACAUCAAUCCCAAAAAAACUGAUGGAUUAUUUGGAGCAGCAGGUGAAAACCCACAUGAACUUCAACUGAACCCAGUCAGUGGACAUUUCAGGACAUUGGUGGAUUUCUCACCUGAUAGGAUUGGAAUUUAUCUGAGGAGUUUAUCUGAUGAAGCCCAUAGGAGACUCACUAUAAGUCACACUUUAUGCUCUGGGUAAUUAAUUUUCCAGUGAUGUUAUACUAAAUGUCAGAACUCUUCUAAUCAAAUUAAUGUUCCACAACUAACUGUUGUAUAAUGUAGUUUCAAUUGGUUGUGAUUUUACGGUUUGUGUGAUUUAUUAUUUGCUUAUUAUUGUAAUAUGAUUUACAUUUUUCUCAUGAUUUACAGUUAUAGCUAUUU